AUGCGUUGGCGCGCGCGCGCGGCUACUUCCCGCGCUAAAGAGCGCGCCAACAUCAGCUUCUUUAUCUUUGUCAUGUUCUUUGCGGUGUUCGGUGUUAUUGUCUUAACUGAGUUGCUUCUACUUGAACGUCCUAAUGCCCCUGGAUCGACACGAUCCAGAUACAAUGAGGAAUUACAGAAUUGGGAGGGGAAGACAGAGACUGGCGGUGAAGGAGGCUCGCCUCCACCGCCGGCACACGCGCCACUUGAUGCCGUGUGGCAACCUGUAGCGGGUACUAGAUUUAGGUUCUACGUUUAUUCGGCCUACGUGGAAAGACGAACGGUAGCUGCUGUGAGAGUUAUAGCUGCAACGAAGACACGCGGUGCGGACGCAGUUAUCUGUCGCUUGUGGCUGCCAGACAAUCGGACUUUAACGUUAAAAGCCAGAGUUAAGCCCAUCCGAGAAAAUUGGAACCUGAAGUACAGUGCGACUUACGUACUAUGCUUGUUGCGCGGUUCGGGCGUAAAGCCGCAAGAAACAGUUGGCGCCUCAUUGUCGGUUCUUGCGAGCUCUUCACCGAACCGUCCUCCUACCAACUUACUAACGGUUCUCGAUACGGAGCCAAAGAGCGGAAUUGAGGAAACACUGCAUGUGUGUGUGAAGCCAUUUCACUUUUCUUACGCACGUGAUGAAUGGCUGCUUGAAUGGUUCGAGUUGAAUCGGCUGCUGGGCGUAAGCCACUUCUACAUGUAUAAUGAAUCACUAAGUACGCCCGUAGCAUGUUUACUAGACCACUAUCGAAAGCAAGGUCUUGUAACACUACUGCCAUGGAAACUUCCCAUCGUAUCAAAGGUGGAAAUAAGAACGGAGGGCCAAUUUGCCGCGUUCAACGACUGCUUGUAUCGUUCGAUGUCGGUGGCGGGCUGGCUGCUGGUGAUCGACGUGGACGAAGUGGUGAUGCCGCGGCGCGAGCGCACGCUCUCCGCGCUACUGACCGCGCUGCGCGCCGCCUACAAUCCGCCCUCGAAGGCGCCCUCUGCCUUCUUGUUUAGAAACGCGUUUUUCUAUUUGCGAUGGGAGGACGACGCAGAGGCCCCAGCGCCACUGGUAACUGCGCGCAAAACCCGACGAUGGGCUGCACCGCACGCGUUGAAGAAUCGUAGCAAGUACGCGCUGCGGCCGCGCGAUGCAGUGGAGCUCGGCAAUCACUUCGUGUGGGAGCUCGCACCCGGGGCUAGUUCUGUAGGCGUACCCACCGAUCGCGCACUACUGCACCAUUACCGGAUCGCCUGCGAGUACGGCGGUGUACAAUGUCUGACAGUGCCAUCGACAGUGGACCGCACGUCUCACCGCUGGUCCGAUGAACUAUUGCAACGUGUUAAUGCAGAAAAGGAGAAAUAUUCAAGAACAUGCCACAUAUGA